CGACUAACCCGAACUGUUCUGUUAUUUUUAUUGAUAACGUUAUAAAAAAUCUACGGCGCUAUGCGUAUAACUAUCAAAUCUCUGAUGGAAUAUGAAUCAUUUGAUUAUUUAAAAUUGAUUGAUUUAUUUUAAAUUCUUGAUUAAUUCAAGUUUACACACAUAAUGAAUUAAAGUAUAAACAUGACUGUUAUUUUAUCGUUAUAAUUUAUAUAGCGUUUUAACGUGUUUUUUUACGCAUCACUCAUUGUCAAAUCAACCGAUGCGCGUUACAUUCGUAGAGGGCAUUCUACUUUAAAUAUCAUUAUAAGUUGUUCACUCAUCGACCAUGGCGUGCUGCAAAGGCCCGGGAUAUGCGUCUCCUUUGGAGGCGUUCACCAAAGGCCCGAGAGAGGAACUUUUGUACGUGAUCUGUGUGCAGCCAGACGCUACAAAACAAGACUACUUGGCUACAGUAGACGUGGAUCCGAAGUCACCUACUUACUGUCAAGUUAUAAGCGGGGAGGAGAUGAGGUCAUUUGACUGCACUUUCCCACACACAACACACUGUUUGGCAACAGGGGAAAUCAUGAUCUCAACUAUGGGAGAUAAGAAUGAGAACGGCAAAGGCGAUUUUGUGCUCAUCGACUCAAAAACGUUGAAAGUGACAGGUACUUGGACUAAAGGGGAAAAACGAGCGAAAUUCGGAUACGAUUUUUGGUAUCAACCUUAUUACGACGUCAUGAUUUCUUCGGAAUGGGGAACUCCAAAAUAUUUUAAGACCGGGUUCCACCCCGAUGAUGCGGCAAACCCAGAGCGAUACGGCACGUCGCUUAACGUCUACAAAUGGUCUACGCAUGAAUUGCAACAAGUCAUAGAUUUGGGUAAAGAAGGCACCGCACCGCUAGAGAUCCGAUUCCUGCACGAUCCCAAAGCCGCUCAAGGAUUUGUCGGGUGCGCUCUGGAGGCUAACGUUUACAGGUUCUACAGAACGGCUGAAGGAACAUGGAAAACCCAUAAAAUUAUCGACGUACCAGCAAAAAAAGUUUCUAAAGACGGCGUCGAAUCCAAGCUUAACGGUCUAAUGUCCGACAUUCUUUUGUCUCUGGAUGAUAAGUACUUAUACUUAUCGUGUUGGCUCCACGGCGACGUGAGACAAUACGAUAUAUCGGAUCCUGAAAAUCCUAAGCUGACUGGGCAGAUCUUCCUAGGCGGGCAACUCCUCAACGGAUACAAACUCGUAGAAGACAAGGAGCUAAAGGAAUCUCCUAAACCAGUGACAGUAAAGGGCAAGCGAUUACACGGAGCGCCCCAGAUGUUACAGCUGUCUUUAGAUGGGAAACGCUUAUAUGUGUCAACAUCACUGUUUUCACCGUGGGAUAAGCAAUUCUACCCGAACAUGAUUGAACAGGGCGGAUGGAUAGUGAAGUUAGACGUAGACAUUGUUAAUGGUGGUUUCAAGUUAGAUCCGGACUUUUUGGUGGAUUUCGGCGCCGAACCAGAUGGUCCAGUAUUGCCACAUGAAAUGAGAUACCCUGGAGGAGAUUGCACGUCAGAUAUUUGGCUAGCCAAAGAUUAAGAAUAAAUAUGAGCAGUUUCUUUUAUGUCAGCAAAAUAUACCUAUUUUUAUGUCAAAUUGAAUUAAAAUGUAGUUACUUCAAUAUUGUACAACAUAAUGUAAUAAAAAUAUGUGAAUUGGAAUUUUUGUACAAAGCAAUAUAUCUGAAUAUACGUAAAAUAUAACAAUAUGUAAUUUAUACU